AUGCCAUUGAAUUCCGAUACAGUAUUCUCCUCGAAGUUCUCCGCGCUUUGCCCACUUCCCCAUCCUAGCUGUGCCAGUGCUGAUGUAUGCAGUCUCCCAAAACAUGCUACAGUGUCUGCACUGUCGGUGGUGCAGGACAUAAAAACAGAAUCUGCUGAAGCAGGCCAGGACAUGGUCCUCUUGGUACUCGUACACCCUGCAGUGCCUGGAAUGUCUGGGGAGGAGCGACAAUUCGUGACGUACCAGGAUGGUUCCACCUAUACUGGAAUGAUCAAGAAUGGUAAACGCCACGGGCAUGGAGUCUGGCAGUCGAAGAGCUGCCAGUACGAGGGCCAGUGGAAGGAAGAUCAGCAGGAUGGCAAUGGCCGUCAGACGUGGAGCGAUGGACGCGUCUAUGAGGGACAGUUCCACAAGGGUCGCUUCUCAGGAACUGGCAAGAUGGUUUGGCACACGCAGAAAGGCAUGUUGGUCUACGAGGGUCAGUACAAGGAUGACCUCAAGGAUGGACAUGGGAUGUUCAUUUGGCCAGAUGGCCGAACGUACGAUGGAGAAUGGAGAGAGGGCAAGCGCCAUGGCCGUGGCACCUACAUCACCGCAAAGGCGGAGAGGAAGGUGGGAUAUUGGGUGGAAGACAAGUUCGAUCGAUGGGAGAAGGACGCUCAGGGAUUUUCGUCACGGUGGACACAUGUUUAG